AUGGCCGAUGACUUUAAAGCGCCCGUGAUUCAGAUUACCCGAGAACCAAUGCAGGAGGUGGUCGAUGCUGCUUUGGCACAGAUCAAAGGUCCCAGUGGGGGUGUGGUGAUCGCAGGUGAAGGCCACUACGUGGGGAAAACGGUGGCCAUCGCCGAGAUUGUUAAGGAUAAAGCCAAUGUGGAGGCUCAAUAUAACCGCAUCUCGUUCAACGAGUACGCCAGAACUCCUAAGGAUGAACUACAAGAACUUCAAGACCUUAAACCGAUAAAACUUCCCGUGAUGAAAGUUUACUUGGGCAGAAAACGCACCGACGCCAAGGGCUGGACCCAGCAAGACGUCUAG